GCAGCAGAGAGGCAAGGCUGGGAUCUCGAGGGCCACACAGAAGGAGCUAGAAUUUGCUGCAGAGGAUUCUUUAGCUUCCCCGAGGGCUUCAGAAUGAGUCUUCCUACAGAGACUCCUCCAAGAGGGAGCCCUUCCCCGAGCUCCCACAUUGCCCGUUGGUGGAACACAGAGCAGGCGUUGGGUUAGAGAUAAAGCGGAGGUGGCGGCGCCCUCAGCAGGGCGCGAGGAGGCAGCGGCCAGCCCCUGACCUACUUUGCUCCCUUCCCCUCGGGUGCGUUGCAUCCAUCCAGGGUGAGGGAGUAUGUGGGUCACCCUCACACUUGGGCAUCCCCCUGUGUUCAGCCGAGAGGGAAAUUCUGUCAUGCUACAUCCAUCAGACACCCAGGGCUCGGGAGAGUAAAUCACAUUUUGCAGAAUCGAAGACGAAGCUGUGGCCAACUGUACUGGGUUGGGGAGUGUACCCCCUCGCACCCCUCUCCCCCCAGUCCUGGAAUCUCAGAAGGUGACUUUAUUUGGAAAUAGGCUCUCUGAAGAUGUGCUUAGUGAAGAUACACUGGGUUCGGGUGGGUUCAAGUCCAGGAUCUUUAUGAGAAAACUGAGACACGUGUAGGGACAAGGCCAUAUGCAGACGGUGACAGAGAUGGGACUGAGGCAGCCAUAAACCAUGGGAGGCCAAGGAUGGCCAGCAACCGUCAGAAUGUAGGAGGGAAGCGUGGACAGAUUCUUUCUGACAGCCCUCAGAAGGAACCACAUCUGCUCAUAUCUUGAUUGAGGAUCGAGAUUCUAGUACUGCAAAAAGUAUACGUUUUCUGUAGUUUUAAGCCACCAGCGUGUGGUCCUUCGUUAUAGCAGUCAUGAGACAUUAAAAUAACCACCAGCCUAAGGACCUCUCAAAUUCUAUUCCUUGGGUCCGGUCACAUUGGCACCUGUCAAGUGCCCGCCAUCCCUGGGCACCCUGACACAUUCUUUGCCACACAUCCCGCCGCGGGAGGCUGCUUUCCUUAUUUCUCUCCCUCUCCGUGCUGAAUUCCUUAUGGGCAAAGUCCCAGAUUUAAUUUCUAGCUGUAUCCCCAGCUCCUGGAAUGUACUUGGCACUCCACACAUACUGAAAGAAGGAACAAAUAAAAUAGAUACUUCUUGGCUAAAGCAGACGUUCCUCAAAUUCAGAAACUCUGAGCAACUCACAAUUUAAUGUAUUCAUUCUCCUGCACUUAUUGCAUGCAGGAACUGUGCUGGGAGUGGGGAAUUAGGUCAUAAACAAAUAAAAGGUCAACAUUUCUGCUUUCUCAUGGCUUAUUAUCCAGAGGAAAGGUAGGGCAAGGGGGCAGGUUAAACUAGCAAAUACAGAUGUAGCACAGGUAGUUUGGGAUGGUGAUAAGUCUUCCAAAAAAAAAUCAAACACGAUAAUGGGUAGAAGCACCGGAGUUCCUUCAGCUGGAUGGUGCUAGGAAAGGCUACCCUCUGACCUUUGAGCUGGGACCUAAAUAAUUAAGUUGUCAAGUCUUUGAAGAUCUGGAGGACAAGCCCUAUAGGCAGAGGAAAGAGCAAGAGCCAAGACCCGGAAGCAGAAAUUAACCCGGGGUGUUGGGAGCACAGAGAAAAAAAUUGGUGAGCCAAAGGUUGGGGAGGAUGGCAGUGAGAGACUUGCCUCUUCUUUCAUCGCUUGAAGCCAGAAGGGUUCCGAGUCCCAGGAGAGGGACUUACGUCUGUUUCUUCAGUGAGGAAAGUUGCCUCGAAUCAAAAUUACGGUGGAUGUUUAUGGCUGGCAAAGGGGAGCCCCAAGGACCAUCAAAUCCUGCUAAGGAACGGGACUAAGUUUUCCCCAACGCCAAAGACCGGAGAAGACAGACCUCCCCUUUUCUCCUCCUGCGAUCACGGGUCUAAAUGGCCACCGUGGAAGCUCGGUGUGGUUAUGCCUGGCCUUUGUUUGGCUUAAAGCUCUGUUUUCUUUGUGUCCUAGCUAAGGCAAGGCAGACUGGACUUUGGGGGAGCCCGCCUCCGGCUGAUUGGAGCUGUGUGUCAAUGAUACCCACUUUGCAGCCAUCCUGUGUCUUGCCGUUUGGUGGCAGAGAUUUGAGAAGUGGCCUCUUGGAUAGCGACAACCUCUGGUGGGAUGCGUUUGCCACUGAGUUUUUUGAAGAUGACGCCACAUUAACCCUUUCAUUUUGUUUGGAAGAUGGACCAAAGCGAUACACUAUCGGCAGGACCCUCAUCCCCCGUUACUUUAGCACUGUGUUUGAAGGAGGGGUGACUGACCUGUACUACAUCCUCAAACACUCCAAAGAGUCCUACCACAACUCCUCCAUCACGGUGGACUGCGACCAGUGUGCGAUGGUCACUCAGCAUGGGAAGCCCAUGUUUACCAAGGUAUGCACAGAAGGCAGACUGAUCUUGGAGUUCACCUUUGAUGAUCUCAUGAGAAUAAAAACAUGGCACUUUACCAUUAGACAAUACAGAGAAUUAGUCCCAAGGAGCAUUCUAGCCAUGCAUGCACAAGAUCCUCAGGUCCUGGAUCAGCUGUCCAAAAACAUCACAAGGAUGGGGCUAACAAACUUCACCCUCAACUACCUCAGGUUGUGUGUAAUACUGGAGCCAAUGCAGGAACUGAUGUCCAGACAUAAAACUUACAACCUCAGUCCACGAGACUGCCUGAAGACCUGCUUGUUUCAGAAGUGGCAGCGGAUGGUGGCACCGCCAGCAGAACCCACAAGGCAACCAACAACUAAACGGAGAAAAAGGAAAAACUCCACCAGCAGCACGUCCAACAGCAGCGCUGGGAACAACGCCAACAGCACGGGCAGCAAGAAGAAGACGCCGGCCGCCAACCUGAGUCUGUCCAGUCAGGUACCUGGGCUAGGAGCGAUCCCGAACUGCAGCCUCAACCCUGGGAGGGAUGGAGACCUGUAUCAUUCAACAGCAGUGACCCCUUCUGGCCAAUUUAAGGAGAAGCAUUGAGGGGCCCUGAAAGGAGUCACUUCCAGUCCUCCUCAGAGAUUGCUAGCAUUGCUCGUUCUCCGGUGUCAGGCUGCGCACUAAGGACAUAAACUCGCGUGGUUGUUACACGUCAGGAGGCGAUGUUUAUUUCCCGUAGAAAUCAAAUAUGCGUCUUGGCCCCCCGACCUUGAGACUUGACCCCAGUGUCCAGGACACGAGUGUGUCUGUCCUAGCUGCCCCAGCUCCUCCCACUAGGGUUUUAAGCUGAGCUUCUCUCUCCCAAGGUUUCCCUGUAAUAAUGUCAGCUGCUGUUCACAGGAUGUGAUGGUGGUAGGAGAGCCAACUCUGAUGGGAGGUGAGUUUGGGGACGAGGACGAAAGGCUAAUCACUAGAUUAGAAAACACGCAGUAUGAUGCGGCCAACGGCAUGGACGACGAAGAAGACUUCACCCAUUCACCCGCCCUGGGGAACAGCAGCCCUUGGAGCAGUAAACCUCCCGCCACUCAAGAGACCAAAUCAGAAAACCCCCCGCCCCAGGCUUCCCAGUAAGAUUGAGGGGCGCCAGAAUCCGUGUCACUCGCCCCGUGGGUUACACUCACUAGUUCACAUCCUUACUUACCAGGAGAAGAAGGAGGAGACUUUCAAACCGUCCCACGUCAAUACCGAUUUCUAAACCACAAUGAUCCGAGUUUCUUGCUUUGCUUUUUUUUUUUUUUAAUUGAAAGGAUCAUUCCAAAUACACUUCCAUGACCCCUCCCGGGAGGCCUUGACAGGUAACACAGAUACUGGCACGGAUCGUAAUUAAAACCAGAGCGAAGGCUAGGGCUUCUCUUGGCUCGGUUUUGCCCACGUUUGUUAAAUGUCCUCCCCCCCCCACCCCGCCUGCAUCCAGCCAAGGCCAUACCGUCAAUCAAGCCUCCGUGCUCAGAAUCGCAUUCUAUGCCGAACCCAACUACAGAUGACUUUUUAAUAUUGUAAAAUAUUUUCUGCUUUUUUGACUUGCAUCUGAGAGUUUCUUGUUUCAGUAAAAAAAGAAAAGGAAAAAAAAUCCGCUUUUGGAAAGUAAUUUAAAUGUACCUUUAUAUAUUUGUUUCCUUCAUCCUUUUUGUUCAUUGGGGAACAGCUAAGAGGGCCCAGCAGGGUAAUUUAUGGCCAAGCUAAUGUCAGGUGGUCCUCGAGCCCGAGGAGGUUCAACGGAGCCCGAGUGCUGAAACAAGAAAUGUCUUUUUGUCAUCAAAGACACCAAGGCAGACGUUUAUGUAAAGAAAGGUGCUUGGCCCCUUGAGAAUGUAUGCGUUUGUAAAAUUGCUGUUGAUCCAAAUAUUUUCAAGCCAUGUAAUCCAUUCAUUUUGUGGGCAGUUGAAUAAAUCUGAAAUUCUUUUUGUGGGUUUUUUUUUUUUUUUUGUAUUGUAUCUGAGUUGACUGUUGUUUCUUUUUCAUAGUAUAUUACCUGUAUAAUAUUUUGUAAAGCCCUCACCUGGUUCUUUUAUGGGGACUUUUCUUUGGGGGCAAUUCCAGUGUAUUUAUGUGAAACUUUAUAAAAGAACUAAUUUUUCCAUUUGCAUAUUAAUAUGUUCCUCCACCCUUGUAAAGACACAGUGGCUCCGUGUGUUACAAAACAGCUGUAUUUUAUGUAUGCUUUACUGAUAAGUGUGCCAAUAAUAAACUGUGUUAACGACCAAA